GAUAAAACGAUCGCUAUUCAUGCUUUGCUAAAGUUUUUCAAUUCAUGAAAGGCUCCUUUCUAAGCACAAUAAUUCGAGUUAUUGUAGUGGAUGCUUACUUUGUUUCUGUUCCGUUCUGCCGAUAAUCGAAAAUGGCUGCCCCUUGGGAUAAAGAAACGUUGUGUCAAGCGAUAAAAGAGGAUCCUGCGUUUUGUACAAGUUGUCCGAGUGUUUCGGCUGAAAUCCUCGCUCGUCGUCUGCCGCUUGUCAAGCUUGUUGAGUUUCUCAAGGACCUCCUCACUGACCCAGAGCCUUCACAACGGGCGCAGGGUAUUCUUGUCCUGUCGUCUGCUCUAAGAGACUUACCUGCAGACUUUUUGCGAGAAGAUGAAGUGCGUUUCAUCAUUGAGUUCUUUUGUGAUCGACUCAAGGAUCAUCAUGAUGUCAUUCCAGCCGCCUUAAAAGGAAUCUUGACUAUUAUCUCUAUGAAAAAUUUCCCCAAAGAACUCCCUUCACAAAUAUUAAGCACAUUGAUGUUGAACAUAACAUGUCAGUCGCAGCGUCAAGAAGAUAGACGAACCAUAUAUCGUAUCUUGGAUGCUUUAGUGGUGCCACACUAUGAAGAUCUUAAAUGCAUGGGGCCUGAUCUUGUUUAUCACAUUAUUACUUCAAUUGAUGGGGAGCGAGAUCCUCGUAAUUUGAAUUACCUAUUUUCUAUGUUGCCCGCUAUAUUGAGAACAGUGUCAUUGGGUCACUUGACUGAAGAUUUCUUUGAAGUGAUGGCUUGCUAUUUCCCUGUAGAUUUUCAACCUGCAGCUGCAGAUCCCAAUCAAAUCUCGAGGGAAAAACUGGCAUUUGGACUUUCAGAAUGCCUCACAGCUAUUCCAGAGUUUUGUGAAUUUUCCAUUCCCUUGCUGCUAGAAAAGUUGGAUUCAUCAUUGCGUUUAGCUAAACUGGACUCUUUACAAUUACUUAUGAAAGGCUGUGUAGUUUUCCAUCCCAAUGACCUAGCAGUUCAUUUAAUACCCAUCUGGAUGAGCUUGAGCCGUGAGGUACUUAAUGGUCUAGACUCCGAAGUUAAGACAGCUGCCAGGGAAGCACUUACCAUACUUCUCCGCAACCUCGCUGAAUUGCCUUCAGAUGUGGCAGGGCAGCUCAGUCCUAUGAGACAACUGCUUGGUGAUGUGAUCUCUGCGUCAGUUUCUGCAUUGGGUCAAGUGCAGACUGCGUUGUUCAUGCCCUCGCUAGAGCUUCUACUUGCUGCAGCCAAGUCUUGCCGAGAGGCUUGUCAACAUGUUCUUACGACGGUUUUCCCCUUAUUUAUUGACAACUUCAAAGGAAAGACAGAAGUAGGUGAUAAGACUGUGUACCUUUGCACCAUGUCAAGAUUUCUUGCUGUUUGCAAAGAAUUAAAAGUAACUCCAGAAAGAAUCCCAGACAUAUCGGUUCAAUGGUCUAGCAUCGUUCAAUUGUUCUUUCAAGCAGCUAAACAUGAUAACCCCACUUUGCGCAAAGAAGCCUUGGUUGGUCUCACCAUUUUAGGUUCUACCCUGAAUGAAGUUGAGAGUAAAAACCUGUUCAACUUGCUAUGUGAAAUGGUUGAUGGAGAAAAUUCUAAAGAAGUUCGAGAUCAUUGCACACUCUGCCUAAAAGAGAUGGCUUCUUUCCAUUCCCAUGAUGUCAUCAAGCAUGUGCUGGCUGAAAAGUUGAACAUUACUGAUGUCCAGAGAGAAGAUGUUCGAUUUGAAAGGCAUCUUGCAAUCCAAUGCAGCUUGGCUGCACUUCAACCAUUUUCUGAAUUAAUUUUACCAAAUGUCAUUGACUUAGUAGUCCUUUCACAUGAUGAACAUCAAGCUGUGUGUGCAUUGACCCAUUUGAGGGUGCUGCUUGAAGAAUCUCAGAACAGCAAUAGUCACGUAUUUGAGUGCUUACAUAAAUGUGAUUUUGUGCUCCGUGUCAUCAAGUGGUGGUUCUCCAGUAUUGACAAAGUCAAUGGACCUGGUUUUGUCAAUAGUGAUGCCAUACUCUCAGAGAUGUGUCAUGUUAUAAGUGCUGUCAUGAGGAACCUUAAUCAGAGGGAGCAAACACUUGUUCAUGAAAAGACAGAGCCUCUCUUCAAGUCUUCAACAAAAGAUGAUAUCCGAGCUGUUGAUUUGUUAGAAGCUGUCUUGGGCUAUCUUCAUCCUGGUGUUGUUUUAAAUGAAACUCGAGUACUCUGUCCCACACUUGCAUUCAUAGCAAUUUUUCGCUCAGAACCAAAAACAGUGGUUUCAGCCAGCCGUCUACUAGCCAGCCUUAUAAACAAAAUUCCUGACGAAAAUUUGUUGAAUGAAAUUUUGGCAGAUGUAUCAAAACUGCAGGAUGAGGUUAUUGGAAAAGACAACGAACAAGCAGCAGUACAAAGUACAGCGCUCUUGGGGUGGGUUAUUAAGGGUCUGGCCAUGCGUGGACAUAGACAGCUGGAAUCUUGGAUUGAUAAGCUUAUCAACUUGGUUGGAGAUUCUCGAAAUUUAAUUGCAUUGUCUGCUGCUGGUGCAUUUGAAGUCAUCAUGGCAGAGUCUCCUGUCUUUCUAAACAGGGAAAGCUACUGUGUCAUAAGAUUGCUCUACCGCCAAAGAGUUUUUGUGGGUUCUUUGAAGCUGAUAAAAACUUCCAGAAUGGUUCCAAUUGAACAACGAAGUCCCUACUUAAUGGCUUUCACAAAUCUUUUGUCUGGUGUGCCACACAAUGUCUUACACCCUCAUUUGAAAGAGGUCCUGCCCAUGCUCUUGGAGUCUCUCUCCCAGAAAUCUGUUUUGUUACUGCAAGCUGCUCUGGACGCCCUUCGGGGUCUGUUAGUUGACGAGAAUUUCAGUAAUGAAUUGAGGGACCAGAUACAAUCCAUUGUGCCUCGCCUUCUACCGCUAGCAGCCAAUCAAGACUCGAUUGCAGUUAGAAGAAUGGCACUAAACUGCAUGGUUCUGUUGAGUAAAUUGCCCACAGAACUGUUGUUGCCAUUUAGAAAUGAGGUGAUAAUUGGAUUGGAAUCCUGCCUCAAUGACCCCAAGAGAUUAGUGCGGAGGGAUGCUGUGGUUGCCCUGUCUCGGUGGACUAUGAUGGACGCUCCAAGAGGCAAAUAGUCAUUGUGCCACUCAAUGUUUUUAUGCAUACUCAUUCCUCAAUAAAAUCAUCAUUAUUUGCUACUACU